AUGUUGGUGUCUCCUUCAACAGGACAUUCAACUCUCUCUAUCAUUGCCUGGCUUUUCAUUCUCAAUUUCAUGUAUGGUGUUGAUGCCCUUAUUUGGAGCGACAACAUGAACAUUGUCAUCCCAGUGUGGUGUGAUAUCACCAGCAAAAUCAUCAUAGGAUCUACAUUUUCCCUUCCUGCUGCCUGCCUUUGCCUUUGCAUUCAUAUCAAGCAUGUUGCAUCAGUGAAUCAGGGCAAAACUUUGCUAAGCAACAAAUGGACCCGCCAGCUUUUCGAAUUGUUCAUGUGUUUCGGACUGCCGAUGAUCUCCAUGGGACUUCACUAUAUUGUGCAAGGCCAUAGGUUCGACAUCAUCAAGGGGUAUGGUUGUCACCCAGCGACAUAUGUCUCAAUCCCUGCUAUCUUUCUCAUCUGGGUGCCUCCUCUCACACUAUCCAAUGGCCUGAUGACUUUUUGUUACUUCUGUUCGCCAGCAAUGGAUGUGCACCCAUGGACGAACUGGGAUGACGUGCAUUGGAACUUCUUGCGCAUCGACUUAUAUCCCGCUGCCUUCAUGCCAAAGAUUAUCGCCACCAACUAUUACAUCACCUGGUGGAUCAUUCCGACCUCCACCUUCAUUUUAGUAGUGUUCUUUGCUUUCGGCAAAGAUGCUGUGAAUGAAUACAUGGCAUGCAUGAUGUGGAUAUGCCGAAAUGUCCUCAAGCGAACGAACAAAUGA